AUGGUCGUUCAAAGUUCCACCACGUGCGGCGGCGGCUCUCGGAAAGAAACAUCCAAGGAACUCCACUUUCGCGGCGUUCGUAAGCGGCCAUGGGGUCGAUACGCAGCUGAAAUACGCGAUCCCUGGAAGAAAUCACGACGUUGGCUCGGAACAUUCGACACUGCUGAGGAAGCUGCCUUAGCCUACGAUGAAGCCGCUAGGAGUCUCCGUGGACACAAGGCCAAAACUAAUUUUGGACUCGAUGGGUUUGCUGCAACCGGCUCAAGAAAACUCCAGCAUUGGUGUUUUCAGGCCCAUGAAAAUAGGAACAGUAUGGUGGCUAGUACUGAGUAUAACAUAGAGGGUGUUGGUGUUGUAAUGAAUGAACAUGAGAAUGAGAAGAAGAUGAUGAUGAUGAAAAGUGAGAAGAAGCCUUUUUUGUUUGAUCUAAAUCUCCCUGCGCCACUUUUCUAA